AUGGGUGGCACGAGCCUGUGGCGCUCUGUCCCUGGCCUGUUCGUCCUGGCACAAGCAACGCUGCUGGAAGAGGCAUGUGAAUUCAACCUCUUUGAAUACGAGGCGACCUGCCUUCGCUUUGCCUGCACACGAACAGGAGCUGCGCAACAUUUGGACAGACGAUUCUUGCCUGCACUGGGCCAAGCUGGUAGAAUGGACCUGCGCGCAGGUUGCACAGGGCAAAGGGAGACUGAAGAAGUGGCUGCGCUUGGAACCAAUGAAGUUUUCGCCUACGGCAUCUUGUGGGAGCUGAGGUUCUUCCCUCUGUCCAAGCAGAGAGUCCUCAUCUCGUCGUUCGUGAAUUGCAACCGCAGUUCAGCUACAUCAAAGCUGACGCAGCGCAGCUGUCGAAGCAUGGCAAGGCAGGACUGCCUUCUCCUGGAUGUCUUCCAAGCCAAGCCUGACACUGACAAAGUACCACUGCAGCUGGACUUGGGAUCGCUGCAGGCAGCGCCUUAUGCCGACUGCAGCUUUCGCACCUUCUGGGCCAAGGGGCGCGGUCUAGCACUCGACUGGGUCCCAAAAGAGCCGCGCCUUUGCCAGUUGUACCAAGUCCUUCUCGUAGAGGAUGAGUACGUCCUCGACAGCUUUCGACGUGAACCACCAGCUUGCCGCAUUUUUCCUCUUGAUCCACACAAGGCUGCCGAGCUGCCAUUUGUGCCACUGCCAUGGGCACCUGGGGAGCCAUUGCCUGACCUCAGCCGCAUCGUGUCCUUCCAUGCUUACAGCGUCUAUUCGGCAGAGGCCCAGUCGAACCCGCAGAGGUGGCUGCAGGAGCCAGACUUCUGGAAUGCGCAUUUCACCGAGCUGAUGCAGCAGGGGAUGCUCACCAUAUGCCUUACAGAAGAAAGCUGUCAGGGCGAUUCUGCGCCGUACCGGCUGAUGUUCUGGGAGGAUAUCAGCACAGAGUUCUUGCAGUGCAUCGCAAGAGGCAUAACCCCAAUCUUCUUGGGGACGCCGUCCAUCUAUGAGUAUGUAGAGAGGAACGUCCUGCUAACUCGCUGGCGGUUCGAGACCGCGACCGAGAUGAUGGCAAUAAUAAGUACACUCUCCUCCCCACAGGGCGUUCUGGAACAUGGCACCCGAGUCUUCAUGGAGCGCCAGGGCAAUUACUUCCUCAGUCGCUUGUACUGGCGUCAAGACCCCCGACUUCGGGCCCUGCUGCUAGCCAGUGCUGCACAGCGGCAGCAGCGGCUUCAACCAGCGACAGAGGAUGCCAGCGACUCACCUGUAAUGGAGGUGGUUGUGUGCGUUGCCUCUGCGGCGCAGAAUCGACCUGCACGCGAUAUCAUUCGAACGACUUGGGGCAGUGAGCCGUACUUGCGCACGGGCUUUGGCUUUGUUCUGAUUCGCGUCCUGUUUUUCUUGGGGCAAAGUGAUGAAGCCACCGCCGAGCACAAGGAGACUGGUGACAUUGUGUUGUUGCCGGACCUGCCAGAGAAUUUCAGCAGCAUCUGGUUGAAGACGGCAGCCAUUCUCAAGUUUGGGGCCGACUACUUCAAGGCUGCGAAUGGCUCCGGAAGGUUGCGCUUCCUCAUCAAGUGCGAUGACGACGCCUUCCUCGACAUUGAUGCGGUGGCAGCUGACAUCAUGGGAAGUGCACCAGUAGGCCUGCUGUGGGGCCACGUGAUGGCACUGGUGGAGCCCAACAGGAAUGCAUCUGACAAGUAUUUCGUCCCGUACGAAGUUUAUCCAAUGCAGUACUAUCCGCCUUAUGCCCGCGGCAUGGCAUAUGCCUUAUCCGAGGAUGUGGUUCUCCCCUUAGGUGCUGCCUUGUACGAGGGUCGUUUAGACCCUUUUCCCUACAGGGAGGAUGUGUCCGUGGGACUGUACAUUCUGGAGUUGGCCAGAAGUGGCCACGUACGCGUUGUUCCGCAUCAGCGUAAAGAUGCGAUGCCCCUGGACUUCAAGGAGCACUGCGCUGGGCCACAGAGCAAAAAUCCCGUUCUGGUGAUGCAUCGAUUUGACCCCGCCACGGGACCAUGUCUCUGGCAGAUGGUGCAGGAGCGCCGUCGCGAAGUGGCCAAAGGUGCCACGCGCGACGCAGACUUCUGCUCGUGCUCGCAGCUGCUCGGCAAGCAAGACCAGAUGGAUCGAAUGAGAUCUUCGCGCAGAAUGUCGUUCUCCACUAGUUUGAACCAUUGGCCGCCUUUGGCCAUCUUUGGUCUCAGCGCCUUGUCCAAGGCCUUCCAGGCAGGCGCUCUGACUGGCGGCUGUUGA